GUAUCAGUAGCUUUUUCAUUCGGUCUCUGGCUGCCAAGAAGAAACAGCAUCAAUGAGCUGCACGGACGGCUUGCUGUGUGUUGGCCAGCAUUAGCACAACCAGUCAAAGUGCUGCUUCUUUAAAAGAGAGCCUAGCUAGCUCAGUGCAAUUGCAGUUCCACAAUGCUGAACGUCACUGAGCAGCAUAAAUAGCAGGCAUGAGUGGAUGCGAGGAUUGGGAGGGCACGGAUUUCAAACGUGCUUGGCUCGAUAGCACUCUCGCUCUCUCCAUCUUCUUUGCCCAACCAUUCCAGAUGCUCUGAGAACUGGGUCCUGCGCUGUUUCUUUGUGUCUACGAAGGUCCUUCAGACACGUUCCAACCAAGUCUUCUGUUAUUGAUUUAUUUUCCCCUAAGAAGAAGAAAACUCCAUCAGCUGGAUUUGACUGAAGACAGAACAAACAGUGGAUGUGGAAACCAGGGAGCAGCUUCAGCAAAAAAUUCAUACCAGCUAAGAAAUGAAUUCUUCCCUUUCCCCUAAUUCUCUUGGUGUCUGGCAUCCACAGCUGGAACAAACUCACUUUGAAUUGUGCAAGGUAUGUUAAAGUAGACCCUUCAAGAGGAUGGAGGGGACCAUCUCCUCAACUGUGAGGAUGGUCACAGACAAGAGCAACUCACUCAGAAUCAACCCCAAUAUUUCCUACAACAAUACCUGGGAUGAGUCCCUCACAGCCACCUCUAUGGAGGACAUCAUAGCCACCUGCACCAUCGGGACAAUCCUCUCUCUCAUGUGCAUUAUCGGAGUGACAGGCAAUGUCUACACCUUGGUGGUGAUGUGCCACUAUCUCAGAUACUCAGCCUCUAUGUACAUCUACAUCAUCAACCUUGCCCUCGCAGACCUCCUCUACCUCCUCACCAUCCCUUUCAUUGUCGGGACCUAUUUCAUCCAGGAAUGGUACUUUGGGGAUGCUGGGUGCCGGAUCCUUUUCAGUUUGGAUUUCCUCACCAUGCACGCUAGCAUUUUCACUUUGAUGGUGAUGAGCACAGAGAGAUACUAUGCAGUGCUGAAGCCUUUGGAUACUGUGAAAAGGUCUAAGAGCUACCGGAAAGGUAUUGCCAUGGUCAUCUGGAUAGUGUCUCUGCUUCUCACCCUCCCAAUGCUGAUCAUGAUCCAGCUGGUACAAGGGGACAAGAACAUCUGCCUUCCGACCUGGAGCAAACUGUCCUACAAGAUCUACAUCACUGUCCUCUUCUGCACCAGCAUUGUGGGGCCAGGGGUCGUCAUCGGGUAUCUUUACAUUAGACUGGCACGAACGUAUUGGGUGUCCCAAACAACAUCUUUGAAAGAGACCAAGCGGCUUCCUAACCAAAAAGUGCUCUAUUUAAUCUUCACGAUUGUGCUGGUCUUCUGGGCCUGCUUCCUGCCUUUCUGGAUAUGGCAGCUCCUCUCCCAAUACUGUGAGCCUUUCCCCGUCUCCCAGAAGGCCACAAGGAACAUCAACUACCUGACCACAUGCCUGACAUACAGCAACAGUUGCAUCAAUCCCUUCCUCUACACCCUGCUGACCAAAAACUACAAGGAGUAUUUGAGGAACAGGCAGCGUUCCUUUAACAGCAGCGGCAGUGCUGCCUACUUUCAGAGGAGGAACAGGUUUCAGAGAAUCUCUGGGAGAUCCUUGUCCACAAGCAGCCAGCACUACACUGAGACCUUUGUGCUCCCUCCCAUCCCUGGAGGAAGCAACAGUCCCUGAAGAAAAAAGCACAUCUCCAGAUGCCGGCUGUCAUCAAGGUAGCCUUGAGUGAAAGAAGGCAAAAUCAUAGAGGAGGCACAAAGUAUCAAGGGAGGGAGCAUCAUAAAAGAGGCACAGACAGCCUUACUUGGAGUACCCAGAGGCCCCUAGCCAUUGUUUUGUGUCUUACAAGUAAUUUUUGGUGAGCUCUCUCUGUUACAGUAAAUCACACACAAAAAAAUGUAAUAUAUGUUAACGUAAGUUAUUGAACAAAUGUUUGUCAAGGGUUUCUUAAAUUAUUAUUAUUAUUAACUGUAUGGCCAAAGCACAAUUCUUUUGGAGAAUAAUCUAAAUCAGUCCGUGUUUGUGAUCAUUUGUGUGUUGUUCAGUUUGACAAUGAACUUGUAUUUGAGGAAAAUGGGAAGAUGAAUUCACUGGGGCUAGUUUUAGAGUCAGGGUACGGCUUUAACUCUUAAACUCUUUUACCCUGACACCCUGUCAGGUUCUACAGGAUUAACAACUAUGGGUUAAGUGCCCGACUUUUUUGGUGCGGAGUUUCCAGGGUUUGCCCCCAGAUGGCUUCGCAGUGGCGGCUGCGUCAUGUAGAUGAGGUGCCGCUACUGCGAAUCAGCCCCAGGGCAAACCCUUCGUGUAGACGUGGCCCUAGCCAGGAGUUUAGUUGGCACAAUUUAAUGCACAUUUAAUUCCAUUUGCUUUUAAGUCUGUUUGCUUUUUGUCUCUCCUUUUAUAUCAAUAUAACAUGAUAGGGUGAUGCUAAGGGCAGAGUUAAAUUCUAAAUGUUAGAAGAACUCUCAAUCAAAUCAAGAAGUAUUAAAGAAAAAUAAGGGUUGUUUAGAGGUAAAAUCAAUUCAGGAUUAUUAAAAAUAAAAAAAGUGUAGAAUCAUUCUGAUAUAAUUGAUACAGACACUAAAUAGUAUUGGUUUGGUCAGAGGACAUGGACCCAAUUGGCAUAAUCAAAAUAAGCUUAUUUAAAUCACAGUAUGUGCUGGACUCAGUUUCCAUGAUCACUGUCCAGGCCCAGCUUGUUGCUUUGUCUGAACCCGGGCGGCAUGGCUUAUUGGCAGGGAAAGCCUCCAAUACCCCAUGAGCGGGUUGGGGAGAGUUAUUUUCCCCUCCAACAAGCCACUAUUGAAGGGUUGUUUCCCUGUCCAAUACACCAUUAUUAGAGGGCUGUUUUCCCAUCCAACAUGCCGUGUCACACGGGCUUGAACAGCAUGACAAGUCGUGCCUGGGAGGUGAUUAUGGAAAUUGCUUAAGCCACCAUGUCUUGUUUGGAUCAUGUGAGCCAGCCCAUAAAGUUACAUCGGAUCAUUCUUAGAGAGCAAAGUGCUGUCUCUGAAUCUUCUUGGCUGGACAGAAGCUGUCUGCAGCAAGUAUUUAUUUAUUUAUUUAUUGCAUUUUUAUACCGCCCAACAGCCGAAGCUCCCUGGGUGGUUCACAAAAACUAAAAGUAUUCAUGUAAAGUAUCCAUGUAAACAUGUUUUAUCAGUCACAUAAAGCCUGACUCUUAUGAAAGAGGAAAGCCCUUUGGUCACAAUCCCACAUAGUAGCAGGAGUCACCCAAAGAAUCUUUUUGAAGUUUUCAAUUUAACAAAGAACUCAUUAAUAUGCAGAGAAUAUAUUGAGGGGGAACAGGAAAGAAACUUACCAUGUAAGAAACAUAUUAAACCCAUUAGCCCAGUGUCACCAUGAAUACUGAGCCCCAGGGUAUUGACGGGGGUGGGCGGAAGAGAGGAAGGUAUAUAAUAGGUGAAACACACUUCCAUAUGCUUUCAAGAACAAAGGUCAGCAAGUGCGGGAAGACUCACACUUUGCUUCUUUGCAAGUUUUAAAAUCUAAUCAAAUAUGCAGUAUAGGGAUAUCCAUAUUUCUGUCACGCCCAAACACCCAGGUUCAGAUCAUUGACAGAUCAAUGUAUCUUCUUCUAUAGAACCUUCAAGUGAACAAGACCUCAAUAUUGCCAAAGUCUACAUAUAGAUGUCUGGGGCAUUUUAUAGAACAGCUAUUGGUAUGCCACACAAUUGUGUAUUCUUUUACAUAAAUGCUUAGUUAUAAACAGUGGCUAACAGUACCUACUUUGGCUUUUCAAGUGUCAAUCAGUAAUCAACCCCAUAAGGCCAACAACCUAAACUGAGAAGUGAGUAGGUCAUUAUAUAGAUCUAGAAAACAAAUGGAUAUCUUGGACUCUCACUUUGCAGGGUAACUUUAGGCCUAGAACAACAGAUAUACUAUCUUUUGGUUUCCCUAUCAUAAAUCACUUUCUAGAACUUGGGAAGUACGAAGUGAGGCUCUAGCCUGUGAGCUGUUCACUACACUCACUGGAGCCUGACAAAAGGAGCUGCCUGCCUCCUUGUCAGCAGAGAUGAAUGGCCUGGAUAAUGGAAUCUGCAAAAUAAUUAUUGUGCCUUAUCAGUUCUUCCUGGUGAAAUUUAUUUCUUUUCAAACAGCUGAGAUUCUACCCUCACGUCCUCACUUUUUGACCUGGAAUACAAAAGGCAGGAAUGUCAGCACUCCACAAUUGUUUUUUGAAUUCUUUGGGGCAUGAAAAGAACUAGUCUGCUCCAUGGUAUGCACACAGUGCACAUCUGUGCAUACGUGCGUGCAUGUGUAGAUUAGGAAUAAGAGUGUUGCUCAUCAUUUCCCUCUUUUCUCCCUCUCCAUGCAUACACGUAGUGCAAAAGUCAGGAAAGUGACAUAAAACCAGUGUGGUGAGUGGGUGGGUGUACAUACACAGCAUAUUUCAAGAUCCACAAACACAACAAGGUUUGAGUAAAAACAUUAACCUUGAGAAAUAUUAUGUUCUCCUUAUUCCAGGAACUCAUCAUAAUACUGGAUUCAAUGCACACUGUGGAUGCACACUUCCUUUCCCUGAGCAGUCAAAUUGAGAAUAUCAGGACUGCAGGACUGCACUUCCUAUGGCUUGUUUUUGUAAUUAAAUUUAUAAAAUCAGAGAUUCCAAAUAUGUAAUUUCUCUAGGCUAUUCCAUGUUGCAAAAAUUCAGGGAGAGUGUUUCUGAGUUAUCCCCCCUACAAGUAAAGAGAGAAGCUCCGUCAGACUAUAAGCUGCCUAAGUAAGCAUAAUAGAAUAGAAGAAAUAAAAUGUAACCUUUCAGAGCAUCUGAAAGCUACCCAUCUCCUCUGGGCAGCACAAAAUGAUAUUUUAAUUAAAUCAACAGCAACCACUUCUUUGUUAUGAAAUCAUCCCAAGUGAAUUCAUUCCAUUAAAUUAUUCCAUUUAAUAUCUGAAGAAAAACCUGUUGGAUUCAAAUACUUUCAGAGCUUUUAAACCAUUAGUUGGUCUAAGGCAAAUUAUAAUUUCAUCUAAGCUAUGUUUUUAUUCUGCAGCAAAUUGACACUCAUUAUAUUGGCCUUGUUGGGAAGUGGUGGAGUGGGGGGAGAAUAUAUAUAUAUAUAUAUAUAUAUAUGAUCAAAUGGUCAAAUUCAAAUCCAGAUCCAGAUAAAAUACGAUACGCUAAAAUGUAUUCACCUUACAGCUAAGGGGUUUUGGAGAAUGUGAAAAAAUGCCCACUAUUUUGUGACAUCUUGCCCCUAAUAAAAGUACUGCCCAACUGUAGUUUUUGGUGUUGGUUUUUACACCAAGCUCCACGAGAUGUUUCAGGUGAUGUCACCUUUGCCAGAAGCACAAGCAGAUAAGUUUAGUUUGGGCACCCUGUGGGCCUUCCCAUUCUGGGUGUGCAACCACAAGCUGAGGUCGUUAACCCUUUGUAGGCUCCUUGAAAUCCUAUGGAGCUGGGCCUUUGCAGUGGGAGAGAAAGCAGCAUCACUGCUUAUGAGUUGCUAACUCGAAGCCCAGUGGCCAACUCAUUUAGCGGUCAAGCUGAGUGCCUGGGGCAUUGUCCUGAGGUUUUUCAGGGUCUUGAGCCAAGCACAACCACAUACCUAAACACUUAGCUAGCUCCCUUCCUUGCCUCCUUCCCAUCAAUUCCUUUGCCUCUCCCCAUGUCUGUUAUUUUCCUCAGAUUAGUCACAAUCCAAGGAGAGAUCUCAUUCUUAGGCUCUCCAGUACAAAUUCUAUUUUUGCAACCAUACUGUUUGCUUCCAACAUCCAUAAUAACAGUGUAGUACUUCAGUCUGCCCCCCCAUUGUGUUGGAAGUACCUUGAGGUCUAUCAGCUCUUUGGGCUGUUCCUGGAGAGUGUCUUGCUCCAGGUUGUUUAGGCAGCCAGGGCAAAUGCCCCCCCCUUUAAAUUUAUGAUCAAAAGCCAAGGUACGUAUACUCAUGAAUAGGGAGGCACAAAGAUACACAAGGUCCACUGAUCGCAUGAAGAGCUCCAUUCAUGUCCAAACAAACAUGGGUAAAACACUUCUUCAGGUGUUGCCACUCAAUGCAGCAAGGUCAGCGGUUAAGAGUGCACAUGAGAUAUAGUGGGUGGCACCAGAAUAUGUGGUCCCAUGGCCCUAUUCACAAGUUUAUUUAUCCAAGGCUUUUAUCUCUAAUAUCCCUAUUGGGAACAGUCUGCAAGUCCAGU